AUGGACGUUAAAAGUGCGUUCCUAAAUGGCUACAUCUAUGAAGAAGUAUAUGUAAAGCAACCACCAGGAUUUGCUAACCUCACCUUUCCUGAUCAUGUAUACAAGCUGACUAAAGCAUUGUAUGGUCUCAAACAUGCUCCGCGUGCCUGGUAUGAAAGGUUAAGCUCUUUUCUUUUAAAUCAAGGGUUCAAAAGAGGUAAUAUCGAUACAACCCUUUUUAUUAAGAAUUCUAGUUCAGGUAAUCUUAUUACUCAAAUUUAUGUUGAUGACAUUAUUUUUGGUAGUCCUAAAUCUGCUUUAUGUGAAGAUUUUGCUCUUUCCAUGAAAGGAGAAUUCGAAAUGAGCAUGAUGGAAGAAUUGACAUUCUUUCUCGGACUUCAGAUCAAACUGUCUCCUAAAGGAAUUUUUAUUAGCCAAACCAAGUAUACUAAGGAACUUAUCACAAAUUUUGGCAUGGAAAACGCAAAGUCAAUCAACACUCAAAUGAGUCUAACAACAGUGCUCGAUGAAGACAACAAUGGAAAAAGGGUUGAUGAAACCAUUUAUAGAGGAAUGAUUGGAUCCCUAUUGUAUCUUACUACUAGUCGACCAGAUAUUAUGUUCAGUGUAUGCAAGUGUGCAAGAUUUCAGUCGGCUCCUAAGAAAUCUCAUCUCACUGUUGUUAAACGAUUUAUUAGAUAUCUAAUUGGCACUUCUGAUCUAGGAUUAUUGUAUGAUCGUUCUAACAGUUUUGCUUUAAAGGGUUUCUCAUAUGCAGAUUUUGCAGGUGACAAGACUGAUAGGAAAAGCACUAGUGGUGCGUGUCAACUCUUGGGAAAUGCAUUAGUGACUUGGCAUAGCAAGAAACAAAAUUGGGUUGCCCUAUCAACGACGGAGGCAGAAUAUUUAGCUGUCGGAAGUUGUUGUACACAAGUUCUAUGGAUUAUGCAUCAACUUCUCGACUAUGAUUUAUCUCUUACCUCUAAUCCUAUAUUUUGUGAUAAUACCAGUGCUAUUUGCUUAUCGAAAAAUUCUGUGCAUCAUUCUAGAGAAAAGCAUAUAGAAAUUAAGCAUCAUUUUAUCCGUGAUUAUGUAGCUAAAGGUGUAAUAAUUGCUUCUUCAUCAGUGCCGCCGAUCAGUCACUUCAGAAGCAUCACUUCCUUCUGA